GAAGAUGAUGAUGAUGAUGAAGAUGGUUACUGGGGCAUACUAACAAGCACCAUCAUGAGCCAGCGGCCUCCCUCGGGCAUGGGUCGGCCAGUGAGCCGCAGUGGUACUGGAAGACCCUCAACGGCCUUCCGACCUCCUCCUACAGCUAUACGUGUCACAACUGGGAUGGUUCCAGGUACAAGUGGGCAUCCUGGUAUGAGAGGCAGUACCCUGAGCCCUGGUGUCCUCUUACCACAGAUCAAAGUGACUGACAGACCUAUCACUCAACAGGGGCUCAGUGGGAUGAAGACUGGCAUGAAAGGACCUCAACGACAGAUUCUGGAUAAGUCCUACUACUUGGGCCUUCUCAGGAGUAAAAUCAAUGAAUUGACCACCGAGACAAGCAAAAUGUGCAGAGAGAUUGACAACUACAACAAGGAGAAGUCUGUCUACCUCUCCUAUGAGAAGAGAGCCGAUGGCCUGGCUGCAGAGAUUAAGGAUCUACAAGGCCAACUUGCUGACCACAACAUGCUGGUGGACAAGCUUAACACCAACACAGAGAUGGAGGAAAUGACCAACGAAUACAAAGUUCUGAAAGCCCAGAAUGACAGAGAGGCUGAAAGUAUUGAUAGCAUCUUCACUGAGAGGAAAAAAAUAGAGGAGGCCAUCAGGGCAACUGAAGAGAAGAUUAGCAGGGAAAGACAAGUUGCUGACGAGAUUAUCCAAUCAAUGCCAGCUGCAAAGCAAGAGAAGUAUGCCACUAUGGCAACAGCCAAUGAGGAGCUGCUACAGGAGCUAACUGUUCUUCAGGAAGAGCUGGACAUUCUGACAACAAGGAAGGAGGACUAUGAAGCAGAUCUGGCCCACUCACCGAUAAAACAGGAAGUGGUGCGGCUUCAUGAGACUUUGUCUGCACUGGAGGCAAAGCGUGACUCCAUGGUGGCAGAGCAGAAGAGCCUGGGCUCACCCCAGGAGGAGAGGGAGAAGCUGCUCAAACAGGUAAAGGAGGACAACCAGGAAAUUGCCAGCAUGGAGAGACAGAUUACAGAGAUCAGGGAGAGGACCAGACAAAUCACAGAAGGCAUCCAACAGCUCGAGCAUGACUCAGAGGAAGCUCAGGGGGAGAGUCAACAGAAAUACAAGGAGCUGAAGAGAAAAGAAGAGGAAAUCAACCGGUUCCUGGAGUCGUUUGAGGAGUCCAGGACUCAGGAGCAGGAGAAGCUAUCUCAGAGUCAGGAGAACAUUGUUUCCCUCCUGGAACACAUCAGCCGGAACAUGUUACGGCUACAACAAGUGGAUGCAGUGACAGCCAGUGAGCUGAGGAACAUGCAGGAGGUGCUGGUCAGCAAAGAGACAGAGGUGGUCCACUCAGAGAGCACUGCCAGCUGGCUGGCAACAGAGUCCCAGCGUCUGCAGCAGGACCUGGACAAGGUGCAGCAGCUGGAGGGGAAGAUCACAGGAGAACUGAGCACCCUGAAGAAGCGCAUUAGUAGCAUGGAGUCUGAGAUACAUACCUACCAAGACCUGGACACCUUGAGAAAGACAGCCGAUGAGAAGAUGAAGAGACUGCAGGAGGAGCGAGUGUCUCUCACCCAGCGCCGGGAUUCAUUCAGACAGCUUCUGGAGGAGAUGAACCAUAAAUAUGAAGCUUUGAAGAGCAAACUGCAAGAAAAUGAGACUCACGCUCAGCUGGCAAACCUGGAGCGGAAGUGGCAACACCUGGAGCAGAACAACUUCCUUCAAAACCCUGUUUAUCUGUACCUGUUUGUGUGUUAG